AUGUUGCCUAGAGGGGGCUCGUCCAUGCCGCCGCCCCCCAACCCCGCCGCCUACUUCCCGCCGCCCCGGAUCACGCUGCCCUCCGGCCUGGACAUCCUGCGCACCUACUCGGGGGCCUUCGUCUUCCUGGAGAUCCUGUUUGGAACAAUAGUCUGGAUUUUGGUAGCUGCCACCCGAGUUCCGCUGCCACUGCUGCAGGGAUGGGUGAUGUUUGUAGCGGUAACUGCGUGGUUCCUGUCCAUUGUGUUCCUCUGUGUGUUCCUCUUCAGUUAUGCGAACAGGAUUGCCAUCAACUGGAACCAGACAGAUUUUCUUUUCCAUGGGGCUACUUUUGUCUUUUAUUUUGGAGCCUUUCUACUGCAAGCAGCAACUACAUCUCUGCAUCAUUUACCCCGUAAUUUUAAUUCCACUAUACAAGAGACGCUUCUAUCUGAUCAUGAAUAUAACAUAAGCAUAGCAGCCUCGAUUUUUGCCUUUGCAACCACUGUUUGUUAUGGUUGCAGUACAGCACUGGCAUUAAGAAGAUGGAAGCUAUAGCAGUUGAAGAGAGGUUAAUGCUCAAGUGUUCCACUUCAGAUCAAAUUAAAUGCCAUUUGUUUAUUUUACUGUAAUAUAAUUCC